CUUAUAAUAAUAUUCUCAAAAUAAUAUAAUUAAUACACAUAAUAUAUAUCUUCACAAAGUAACCUUAUAUUUUCCCCAACCGCACAAACAACAAUUUAAGCUUCUCUAAAGAUCAAGAAGCAAGAAAAAUCCGUAGCAAGAACCAAAACACCUCGAUAAAAUGGAUAUGUUUCCCCAAUUGAUGGAAGGCUCUUCGGCUUACUCAGACGCCACAAACCUCAGCAUCAUCGCAAACAUCUCCUCAACCUCCUCCUCCGUCACCGGAGCCACCGCAACACAGCCACCUUCAUCCUCCUCCUCCUCCUCUCCAUCCGCAAACUCAAGCCGUUACGAGAACCAAAAGAGGAGAGACUGGAACACGUUCGGACAAUACUUAAGAAACCACCGUCCACCGCUUUCCCUUUCCCGAUGCAGCGGAGCACACGUGCUCGAGUUUCUCCGUUACUUGGACCAGUUCGGCAAGACAAAAGUCCACACGACCGUUUGUCACUUCUACGGCCAUCCUAACCCUCCAGCACCGUGUCCUUGUCCUCUCCGACAAGCUUGGGGAAGUCUCGACGCUCUCAUCGGUCGUCUUCGAGCUGCUUUUGAAGAGAACGGAGGCAAGCCUGAGACUAACCCAUUUGGAGCUCGUGCCGUUAGGCUUUACCUAAGGGAGGUUAGAGAUACGCAAAGCAAAGCUAGAGGUGUUAGCUACGAGAAGAAGAAGAGAAAGCGUCCUCUUCCUACCUUGUCGGCCUCUUCUUCCUCCGCCGUAGCUAGUCACCAGCAGUUUCAAAUGUUACCGGGUACUAGUUCUACUACUACUCAGAUAUCAAAGUUUGAGAAUUAACUAUAUUUUAUCUAGUUAAGAGAAAUCGAAACUGAGUAUUUUAUGUAAUAUGAAAUAUGACUGCUUGGUCUCUUUCUUAAUUUUAUGUUGAUUUUAAUUUAGUUUUAGAAUCUGGUAUAAGAAGAACUAAUGUUCUUUUGCUACUAGUGUCUUUGGAGGGGUUAAAUAAGGUAGGGUUUCAAUUUUUAUUUAUUUAAUAAAUAUAUAAAUUCCACAAGAUAUAUAGUCACAUGUGUGUGUAUGUUUUAUGUAAAGAAAAUACGUAUAUAUAUAUCAUCAAGCAAACUGGCCGUCUUCUUCACAAUUUUUUGGCUUAAUGUGGUUCUAAAACAGAGAAGUCUUAUGUUCAAUUUAGGUCGAGUUGUCGAGUGUGAUGAUAUUCCAGAAUUGUUUUUUAUUCGGUUUCUGCUUUUGAUGCAAAACAGUGGUCGUUCUCUAAUGGGGACUGUGAACUAUAAGUCUAUGGUCUUAUAUAUAAUAUUGGACUGUAAUUGAUUGCAUUAGCUAUCUUAAAUUCAUGAAAUUAACUAACUAGUUUGGGCCGAUAUUGUGUAAUUUCAUCGUGCGUCUGAGUCAAAUGUAACUUUUAUUAAUGAAAAAA